ACUAUCCUAGGAGAAACUCAUGAAGAGGAGGAUGAAAUCCUUCCACGCAAAGACUAUGAGAGCUUGGAUUAUGAUCGCUGUAUCAAUGAUCCAUACUUGGAAGUUUUGGAGAGCAUGGACAACAAGAAAGCUCAGAGAUACGAAGCAGUGAAGUGGGUGAUGGUUUUCGCUAUUGGAGUCUGCACAGGACUGGUGGGCCUCUUUGUGGAUUUCUUUGUACGACUCUUUACCCAACUCAAGUUCCGGGUGGUACAAAGCUCGGUGGAAGAAUGCACUGAGAAAGGCUGUCUUGCCUUGUCCUUGCUGGAGCUCCUGGGUUUCAACCUGACCUUUGUUUUUCUUGCCAGUCUUCUGGUUCUGAUCCAACCUGUAGCAGCUGGAUCAGGAAUUCCUGAAAUUAAGUGCUACCUCAACGGGGUAAAGGUUCCAGGGGUUGUGCGUCUCCGGACGGUGGUGUGCAAAGCUAUGGGAGUGCUCUUCAGUGUGGCAGGAGGUCUUUUUGUCGGGAAGGAGGGUCCAAUGAUUCACAGUGGUGCUGUUGUGGGUGCGGGUUUGCCACAGUUCCAGAGCAUCUCUUUGAGGAAGAUCCACUUUAACUUUCCCUAUUUUCGCAGUGACAGGGAUAAAAGGGAUUUUGUAUCUGCUGGAGCUGCUGCAGGGGUUGCAGCUGCCUUUGGAGCCCCAAUUGGGGGCACUCUUUUCAGCUUGGAAGAAGGUUCCUCCUUCUGGAAUCAGGGACUUACAUGGAAGGUGCUUUUCUGUUCCAUGGCUGCCACCUUUACCCUGAAUUUUUUUCGCUCUGGGAUUCAGUUUGGAAGUUGGGGGUCUUUCCAGCUGCCUGGGCUGCUGAACUUUGGGGAGUUUAAGUGCUCUGAGUCUGAUAAGAAAUGCCAUCUCUGGACGGCUGUGGACUUGGGCUUCUUCGUUCUGAUGGGUAUUGUAGGAGGCCUUCUCGGAGCCACCUUCAACUGUCUGAACAAGAGACUUGCGAAGUACCGCAUGCGGAACGUGCAUCCCAAGCCAAAGCUGGUCAGAGUCUUGGAGAGCCUGCUGGUGUCGUUGACUACCACGGUCGUGGUCUUUGUAGCCUCCAUGGUUCUGGGGGAAUGCCGGCAGAUGUCUUCCACCGCUCAUAGUGGCAAUGACACUCUGAGCAUGCAGGGCAUGUCAGAGGAUGUGAAUUCAAGCAUUAAAACGUUUUUCUGCCCAAAUGAAACCUACAAUGACAUGGCCACACUCUUCUUCAACCCUCAGGAAUCAGCUAUCUUACAGCUCUUCCACCAGGACGGUACUUUCAGCCCAGUCACACUGUCCUUGUUCUUCCUUCUCUAUUUCUUACUCUCCUGCUGGACAUACGGGAUCUCUGUGCCCAGUGGUCUUUUUGUGCCAUCAUUGCUUUGUGGGGCUGCCUUCGGACGCCUGGUCGCCAACCUCCUCAAAAGCUACAUUGGCCUGGAUCACAUCUACUCGGGAACCUUUGCACUGAUUGGGGCAGCAGCGUUUCUGGGAGGAGUUGUCCGCAUGACAAUUAGCCUGACCGUCAUCCUAAUUGAAUCCACCAAUGAGAUCACCUAUGGGCUCCCAAUAAUGAUCACCCUCAUGGUAGCCAAAUGGACAGGAGACUUUUUCAACAAAGGCAUCUAUGACAUCCAUGUGAACUUGCGAGGAGUGCCUCUUCUAGAAUGGGAAACAGAGGUGGAAAUGGAUAAAUUGCGAGCCAGCGACAUCAUGGAACCCAACUUGACAUAUGUCUACCCACACACCAGGAUCCAGUCCCUUGUCAGCAUCCUGCGCACAACUGUCCAUCAUGCCUUCCCUGUAGUGACUGAGAACCGGGGCAACGAGAGGGAGUUCAUGAAGGGAAAUCAACUGAUAAGUAACAACAUCAAAUUUAAGAAAUCCAGCAUCCUCACCCGAGCAGGAGAGCAGCGCAAGCGUAGUCAGUCCAUGAAAUCCUACCCUUCAAGUGAAUUGCGUAACAUGUGUGAUGAGCACAUAGCAACGGAGGAGCCACCAGAGAAGGAGGAUCUGCUGCAACAGAUGCUAGAGAGAAGAUACACUCCUUACCCCAACCUGUACCCUGACCAGUCUCCCAGUGAAGAGUGGACCAUGGAGGAACGCUUCAGACCUUUGACCUUCCACGGCUUGAUCUUGCGCUCACAGCUCGUCACCCUCCUUGUCAGGGGUGUUUGUUACUCCGAGAGCCGGUCGAGUGCAAGCCAGCCUCGUCUGUCCCAUGCAGAAAUGUCAGAGGAUUACCCCCGCUAUCCAGAUAUCCAUGACCUGGACCUCACGCUGCUGAACCCUCGCAUGAUAGUGGAUGUCACCCCAUACAUGAACCCAUCACCCUUUGCUGUCUCUCCAAACACUCAUGUGUCACAAGUCUUCAACCUGUUUAGGACAAUGGGACUCAGACAUUUACCGGUUGUGAACGCAGUUGGAGAGAUUGUUGGGAUAAUCACUCGGCACAACUUGACCCACGAAUUUCUGCAGGCAAGACUGAGACAACACUAUCAGACCAUUUGAUGCCCCUGCCCACCCUGCCCCACUGUCGGUGUGGCUACCUCCCUCUUCCAAGCCUGCACACGCGCUCGCAUUCUGCUUGGACCCCACAAGGCCCAAGACUUGCCGUUUGGCUUCUCACAUGCAUAUCAAGCCUGGGGAGCUGGAAAACAUCUUACUAGCCAGAGAAAUAGAGGAGCAGCCUGAGCCCAGAGCUGUUGAUUGGUCUCAGGCACUUGGUUUGACCACUCUUGAUCCAGGUUUUUCCUUUUCCUG